AUGGCUGAGGUGGGGGGGGUCUUCGCUUCCUUGGACUGGGAUCUGCACGGCUUCUCCUCGUCUCUGGGGAACGUGCCUUUAGCUGACUCCCCAGGUUUCCUGAACGAGCGCCUGGGCCAGAUCGAGGGGAAGCUGCAGCGCGGCUCGCCCACCGACUUCGCCCACUUGAAGGGGAUCCUGCGACGCCGCCAGCUCUACUGCCGCACCGGCUUCCACCUGGAGAUCUUCCCCAACGGCACGGUGCACGGCACCCGCCACGACCACAGCCGCUUCGGAAUUCUGGAGUUUAUCAGCCUGGCUGUGGGGCUGAUCAGCAUCCGGGGAGUGGACUCUGGCCUGUAUUUAGGAAUGAACGAGCGAGGAGAACUCUAUGGGUCGAAGAAACUCACACGUGAAUGUGUUUUCCGGGAACAGUUUGAAGAAAAUUGGUACAACACCUAUGCCUCCACCUUGUACAAACACUCGGACUCGGAGAGACAGUAUUAUGUGGCCCUGAAUAAAGACGGCUCACCCCGGGAGGGAUACAGGACUAAACGACACCAGAAAUUCACUCACUUUUUACCCAGGCCAGUAGAUCCUUCUAAGUUGCCCUCCAUGUCCAGAGACCUUUUCCGCUAUAGGUAA